AUGCCAAGCUGGCUAUAUCCGAAAUAUUUUUUGAAGAUGUCAGAUCAGAGGCUUGUUGUUAUAUAGAGGAUUAGAGAGGGUGCGAUCGGAUAGAUCGGGCUAGGCCUUCGCCCUGCUGUCAGCCCAUCUCAGAGAGGUGAGAUGAAAUGUCGGGUCCCGAGGCUGAAAUCAUGCUGCUGCUGUGUGAAUCUGCGGGCGGGCUGCUUCUUUCUGGCUCUACUUGAAAUCGCCGCAUCGGUCCUGGGCUUCUUCGUGGCCGAAGGUAAUAAGCAGAGAGGGUAGGUUGUUUCUCAUCGGACGAUUGGGAUACUUGUUUCACUUCAUCGGCUCUAUUUUCCUUUUGAUGAGCAGCAUGUUGCAGAUCGAAGUACUUACGAUUAUCUACCUGGGUACGAAUAUAUUCCAUCUGAUCUUCAGCACAGCCUUCGUCAUAGAGUACGCCUUGCACUGCAAGUUCUGCGCUUUGGAAACAACUCCCGUAUACAUCACAUUGAAAUCUUCCUUUCAGUUGUCAGUCUCUAUUCUUGGCUGGUGGCCUUCUCGUACUUGCGGCGCCUUCAGUGGCAGAACGAUCCAGAAUACGACGACUGACAGGCGGCAGUGGCAUCUCAGUGGGUAUCUCUGGGGUCUAUUCUGGAUCUAUAUUGAUUCUCACAGAAAACUCUUGCGCCGCUUGUGUUUGCCUUGGUCUGUGUACUUUCCUGUUUUGGCUUUAAUUUCACACUAAUUUGUAAAUUUGCCUUUAAUGCCAAACGACAAAGAAGAAAAACAAAAGACCAAAGUUCCGCAAAUUGUUUGUCCAAAGAAAUAAAUAUGUAUAUAUAUUUUGUA